AAAUCUUCCUCGAGCUAUCUGGAUUGGGAUUCCUCUUGUCACUUUUUUCUACGUGCUGACUAACGUGGCAUACUUUACUGUUGUCUCCCCCUCAGAGAUGGUGGCUUCUCAUGCUGUUGCUGUUACCUUCGCCGAGAGAAUGUUUGGAGCUGUGGCUUGGAUAAUGCCCGUGUGUGUAGGGCUUUCAACAGUCAGCGCUGUGAAUGGCUUGCUCUUUACUUCCGGAAGGAUUUUUCUAGCGGGAGCUCAAGAAGGAUACCUACCGCUAAUUUUUGGAAUGAUUCACUACAAAAGAUGCACGCCAACAUCAUCGUUAAUAUUUACGUGUGGUCUCUCUCUGUUGAUGCUGGCUAGUGGCGACAUCUACCAACUGAUUAAUUACUUUAGUUUCGUCUACUGGCUCGGAGUAGCUGUCACUAUCACCGGUUUGCUGUUCCUGCGGUUUAAGAAGCCCUGUAUGCGAAGACCGGUAAAAGUGACUUUAUUCGUUCCUGUCUUGUUUUUGUUUUGUUGCCUGUUCCUGACAGUCGUUCCUGUCUACGCCCAGCCAACUCAGACAGGAAUCGGGUUGGUGGUGGCCCUCAGCGGAGUACCCGUUUAUUUUGGCGAGAAAAAGUGGAGUAGAAAACCGAAUGCAUGUGGUAGCCGAUUUU